AGUCACGCGCACUCGGGAAUCAGGCGCUCCCUGAACCGGAGAGGACACCCGGCUGGCGCUGUCCCUCCGACCUCGGGCUGAACUCCGCCCCUCCCCUCCCCCCUUCCCCAGCUCCCACCCCGCCCGGGCCGCUAGCCGCCUCCUGCGUUCGGAGCAGCGGGGGGCGGGGUGCAGACCGGCUGCGCGAUGGUGCUCACGCUUUCCGGGUCCCCGCCGGCUCCACGUUCUCCUCGGCGUCAGUUUCCCCGCCGGCGCGCUUAGGCGGCGGCACGGGCGGAAGUGUCUUGCAGCGGUAGGGUGGCGGUGGUCCGCGGCGGCGGCGGCGGCUAAAGGGGCGGCCCGGGAGCUGGGGCUGGGGCUGGCGGGGGUGGCGCGUUGGCGUCGCCGUCGGUCAUGUUCCCGUUCGGGCCCAGCAGCCCCGUAGGGGUUGAGGCGGAAGAGCUAUCCGGGGAUGAGCUGGGUUUCUUGAGCCCCAGCGAGGGGAGGUCGCACGAGGGGAGCGGAGCGGCGGCGGCGGCCGCGGCCGGGCCUGCCUUCUCUCCAUCCUCGCCGCAGCCCGCCGACCCCUCCUCUUCCUCCAUCAGCCCUCCCCGCGAACCCCGAGAUUCGCGCGACCCCCGCGAUCCUCGCGCGCCUUUGCUGACCGUGUUCGCCAGCUCGGCCACGGCGGCGACCUCGGCGGCGCGCGUGGGGGAGCUCACGGCCGGGGCCAAGGGCGAGCCGAGCCCGGGGUCCCCGCGAGCCGCCCUCGUCCCCUCCCCCCCGGACUCGCCCACCGCCCACUCCACGGCCGCCGCCGUCGCCGCCUGCCCGUCCGCCUUCACCUUCUUCUCCAGUCGCGCCGCCGCCAACUCCUCCGGCUCCGGAUCCCCAGAGCCCAAGCGCGGGGGGGCCGGGCCCACAGGGCGCCCCGUGGGCAUCCCGCUCUUCCGAUGGCUCAAGAGCCGCAGCCUGGGCCGGGGGCUGUACGUGGACCCCGCCCGGGACAACUUCCGUACGAUGACCAGCUUGUACAGCUCCAUCCACCCCGCGGACUCGGUGUACCUCAGCACCCGCACCCACGGCGCCGUCUUCAACCUGGAGUACUCCCCCGACGGGUCGGUGUUGACAGUUGCUUGUGAACAGACUGAAGUUCUUCUUUUUGACCCCAUAUCUUCGAAGCAUAUUAAAACGCUUUCUGAAGCUCAUGAAGACUGUGUAAAUAAUAUCAGGUUUCUGGAUAAUAGACUGUUUGCAACAUGCUCUGAUGACACUACAAUAGCCCUUUGGGAUCUGAGAAAAUUAAACUCAAAAGUGUGCACUUUACAUGGUCACACUAGCUGGGUGAAGAACAUUGAAUAUGACACUAAUACAAGACUCUUAGUUACGUCAGGAUUCGAUGGAAAUGUCAUCAUUUGGGACACUAACAGGUGCACAGAAGAUGGAUGCCCACACAAGAAAUUCUUUCAUACACGUUUUCUUAUGCGGAUGAGGUUAACUCCAGACUGUUCCAAAAUGCUGAUUUCCACCUCUUCUGGUUAUCUUUUGAUUUUACAUGAUCUUGACUUAACAAAAUCUUUAGAGGUUGGAAGCUAUCCAAUUCUGAGGGCAAGAAGAACUACGUCAAGUUCAGAUGUGGCUACUUCUCCAAGUUCAUCUACUCCCAGAGCUUCUGGUUCACCUUGUCAUCAUAGUGAUUCUAGUUCAUUAUCUGAGAAAAACGUGUCACGAUCCUCUCAACGAGAAGGGGUGUCACCUCGUAAUAGUCUUGAAGUUUUGACGCCAGAAGUUCCUGGUGAGAGGGACCGUGGUAACUGCAUUACAUCUUUGCAGCUACAUCCUAAAGGUUGGGCUACCCUUCUACGGUGUUCUAGUAAUACAGAUGACCAGGAGUGGACCUGUGUCUAUGAAUUUCAAGAAGGGGCUCCAGUACGACCUGUUUCACCUCGUUGUUCUCUAAGAUUGACUCAUUAUAUUGAGGAAGCUAACGUAGGCAGGGGGUACAUCAAAGAACUUUGUUUCAGCCCUGAUGGUCGAAUGAUUUCUUCCCCCCAUGGCUAUGGGAUUCGCUUGUUGGGAUUUGACACCCAGUGCAAUGAACUUGUUGACUGCUUACCCCAAGAAGCUAGUCCCUUGCAGGAGAUUCGUUCUCUCUACUCUCACAAUGAUGUGGUUCUGACAACCAAGUUCUCUCCCACACAUUGUCAGAUUGCCUCAGGGUGCCUUAGUGGACGUGUUUCUUUGUAUCAGCCAAAGUUUUAGGCACAACUGACAUCAAAAAAGGAACUCUUCUGGUGUUUGACUUUUAAAUUACUUCAGUUUAGGUGAAGUACUUUCUUUAUAGAUCUUGUAAGUGUGGUUCAAGAUCCUCAUUCCUAGGGGUCCGUGAACAUCCCCACAGUGACAUAGGAGCACUCAGUCUAGCACUGAUGUUUGAUAUACUGCAUCUCCAAGUCAGACUCUAUGCAUUGUCUUUCCUCUUCAGCAUUCCUCUGCUCCUGCUGAUCCUGUGCCAUUGUUCCUUUGGUUAUGUUGCACAGUAGCUCUUGUCAGGGUUUUUCUUUGGGUGUGACUCGUUGUAGACAUCGGGCAGGAUUUUUGGUUGGGGUAGAAGGAAACUGGUCCUAGUACUGAAUAAAACCUAGAAGUUCGAUGUUGGCAUAUUGGUUGUUACGAGCGAAAUUAUAUCUCGUCCAUUCACUCCGCCCUUUUAAAUUGCCAUUAUUUCAAUACAAGGACUAGAUAAUGAAACUGUUCUCAUACUUAUUAGCUUAGAUUUUGUCAUAAUGACCUUGGAAGUUUAUUAAAAUUGCUAUACUAGUUUUCACAACAUGAGGGAUUUUGUUUAUUGUAAAAUAGUAGAAAAAUGUUGUCAUGUCUCUGUAAUUUGUUUCCUUCGUGUGAAGUUAAAUUGCUAGUUUCCUUAUUGUGUAUGCUUGUUUUUAUUGACAGCUCUGAGAAGUGAAGAAAGGGACUUUUCUUUUUCUUGUGGUGCAAAAAAGGUUCUGCUGGCGUAGCAGAAUGCACUUAUUACUGAGUGAUGGGAGAAGCAUCAUUUAGACACUUCUGUUGCAAUCUAUAUAGUGUAGUACAAACUGUUAUACUACCUGGGGCCAAUCAGUGAGUGAAGAUGCCCUCUCUUACUCUGCUUUCUUCCCUUAUUCCCGUUGGGAAAAGUUGUGCGUAAGAAUACUGAGUUCUUUGAGAACUCUUAAUUGGUUUCAUUGGUGUUCUAUUUGUUAGUGGAGACCUCCAGCACUAUUUCUGAGCUAAUUGUCUAGUUAGGAUAUUGAUAUUGUGACUGUAUUGAAUGAAAUGUAACAUAAGAGCACAUACUGAAUAGGUUUCAUAUUUAAACCAGGGCUGGAAAUCCUUUUCGCCCCUUUUCUUUUCCUUCCUUCUUUCUUUUUUUUAUCAUGGGCCUGAAAAUCAUUGGCCUACAAGCAACAAUCAAGGGCCAUACUCAAGAAAUGACAAUUAUUCACAGGUUGCCAUGCCAAUGCAAACAUCCUCCCACCCUUUGUUAUUGCUAAGUAAUUAUCAUUGGUACUUGCAUGUAUUAAAAUAUUACUUUCGUAGAUCUGUAUGUGUAGAAUACUUGUGAAGAGUUAGAUUAUAAAUUAAGUAGUAGCUCAGGCCUAGCUCUUGGACCAGAUCACAUAUCCCAGCUUAGGCAGUAAACUUCAGAACUACAAAAAUACUGAUACAAUUAUACCAAAUGAAGCCAGCUUCAAAACCUGUUGAGCCAAUUGGAUUCUAAGAAUUUCAUAAGGAGAAAAGGGUAUUUUUUUGUAUAUUAGUAUUUCAGUAAUCAAUAUAUGUGACAUUUCUUAAUAAGCCCUCAUAACUAAUCAUUCAAAUGUACAGAUGUGCCUCAUUUUAGCCAGUAGAUACAUUCCUCAUAUGUUGGGGAAAUUUCUGUCCACUCAAUCAUUUUCUCACUGAUUUGUAUUAUACAAUUGGGAGAUGCUUUUCUGUAGAAAAAUGUUGCCACAAGACAUAAUAAAAACUACUCUUGUGCAUGCAGAGAACCUCUUUAUGUAAUAUAUUUAGAGAAAAAUAAUUUUCUGGGGGCAAAGGCCCUCCAACAAUGCUACUAGCCAAAAUUAAUGAAGCCACAAGAUACAGUUUAUUACAUGGAAACUUUAAAUACCGUACCACAAAUUGUGUUCUCUUGGGGUCCAAAUCCACCUAAGAAAAAGCUGUCAAGUCAUGUUCCUUGGCUUUUUACAAUUCAUUCAUUGACUCCCUUGGUAAAGGUAAUUACUGGUUUUUAAGAACUGAAGGUUUUUGAGACUGGAAAGGUUUUUGUCAUAGGGUGAAUGGAUAGUGGCCAUUAGUGACUUGUCAAAUUUUAGUAAUCCUUGGAAGUUUGUUAUUGAAAGUGUUGGCAUAACUUUCUGCACACAUGGGGUAUCAGGUACCCAUUAAAGGCUCUUCUCUUAUGUUUUACUUCCUUGAGUGUGUAUUCCAUAUGUAGCAAAUUAAAUCUUUAAUUGGAACACAGUUUCCUAACAAAAAUGCCUCAAGGAAUAAGUAGAUGUCAUAUAAGGAAAAAUGGAGUGGAGAUAAGCCCCAAAUGAAAAAUUAAAAUUUAAGAACUGCUUAGACUCUGUAGAUCCUAAAUUUUGUUAAUAAUGUUCUGUAAUGACUACACAGUAACCAGCAUGUAUUAAGUAGAAAAAGAAAAUAGCAUAAGGAGUGUUGUACUUUACCUGAAGCAAUGAACCUUUUUUAUUUCUAUAAUUUCUAUUUCAAGUUAUUUUUCUCAAAUUAGUUACAUCUUAUAGUAAUAAAAAUUCAAUCUGUUGUUUCAUGUUAAA